AUGCCGCGCGCCGAGUCCAAGUCGAUGGACAGCGCGGCCAGCAGUGCUCAGAGCGCCGAGACGAAGACCGAGGAGAAGCAGGAUUUCGAUGAAAACGAAUUGCUCAUGUACGUGGCCGCCGACGCGAACGAGCACCUCUUCGGGGAGAAAUCGGAGCUGACGCAGUUCGUCAAUGCCCACGCGGCCGAUUUCGAAACGGCGCUGGAUGGGGAUCGGACGGGCGCGGGCACGCCCAUCAAGCAGGCGGAGCGGUGGCGGAGCGCUCAUGCCGAGUACAACGAGAUCAUGGAGGAGAUCCUCGAGGCGUUGGUCAAAAAGAAUAAUGGGACGAUCGAGGCCUUCAUGAAGGACGUGCAGUGCGCCUUGGCCGGCGGCGAGGGCUUCCUGUUCGAAGACGACAACUACUCGGAGUUCGUCGAGCGGAUCCAGGCCAUGGAUGAUUAUGAGUGCUUCCACCGAAUCAUGUGCGAGGCCGCGCAACGGGGGACGUCGAGGCAUAAGUAG